GAAGGUAAAACUGUGGCUACGAGGGUUCGCCCACCAGUAGUGGUCAAAGAAACCAUCCCGCUACCUAUUCCAGAGGAGCUUGCGAGACAGCGUUCCGCCAUCCACUUUGUAUCCCAGGUACUGCGUUUGUAGCCGUGUGGUCCACCAUGUCCGGCCGGUCACCAGCAGGCAAGGCGUCGAAGACUACGAAGGGAAAGUCUCGAUCCUCGCGGGCUGGGCUCCAGUUCCCGGUGGGUCGCAUCCAUCGCCUUAUGAGCAAGGGCAACUACGCCGAUCGCAUAGGCGCCGGUGCCCCGGUCUACAUGGCGGCUGUGUUGGAGUACCUGACGGCCGAAGUGCUCGAGCUGGCGGGAAACGCGGCCCGUGACAACCACAAGACGCGCAUCACGCCCCGCCACUUGCAGCUGGCCGUGCGAAAUGACGAGGAGCUCAGCAAAUUGCUGUCGGGCGUCACGAUCUCCGAGGGCGGCGUGUUGCCCAAUAUUCCGCAGGAGCUGCUCCCUAAGAAGUCUGGCGGAGUUCAGCCGCACCAGAACGGCCCCAAAGGGGCCGAUCAUGCGGGAGGCGGAAGCCAGACGUACUGAUUUGGUCUCGUCGGACGGUCUGUCACACGGUACCGGCAUUCACAAUAAAUUACUUCUACUUCAA